GCGAUGUUUUAAGACACACCGACGCAUCUGUCUUUAACGCUGGAGUUAACUAUUUACGUUUCAAUAUCAGUUUUGCCGGGCACCACAGCUAGGUAGUACUAUUAUCUAAACCGUGGUCCGACGAGGGAGUUUUAUUUGCUAAAACAGUGAAGAUGCAGCCUGCAACAGCCAAGUGGUGGGACAGACGGGACACUGUUUUUGUAGAGUUCUGCGUGGAGGACAGUAAAGAUGUGAAAGUAAUUUUUGACAAGUCCAAAUUUGAGUUCAGCUGUGUCAGUGGAGCAGAUAAUGUCAAACAGCAUAAUUCGGUGGAACUUUUCGGGGAGAUUGACCCCAAAGACUCCAAACACAAACGCACUGACAGGUCUGUGUUGUGUUGUUUACGAAAAGCAGAGGCUGGGAAAUCAUGGCCGCGACUUACCAAAGACAAGACAAAGUGCAACUGGCUGAGUGUGAACUUCAGUAACUGGAAAGACUGGGAGGAUGAAUCAGAUGAGGACUUGUCAAGUUUUGACAAAUUCUCAGAGAUGAUGAACAACAUGGGAGGGGAUGAUCUACCGGAUUUAGAUGGUGCAGAAGAAGAGCAUGAAUCUGCAGACAGCGACGAUGAAAAAUUGCCUGACCUUGAGUAGAUGAACAUGAAUGCCACCUCAGUAGUAAACAAAGCAGGCUAUAAGUUGGUUGAAGAGAGAGACUAGACAUGAGUUGGCAGCCAUGUUGGAGAGGAGACCUCAUCUCUCUACGCAGUUUCCAAAGCGAAACCCCUCCAGGGAGUGACAGGGAGUGACUGUGGGAUACAGACAUGCACAGAGUUCCAUAGCGACAUACAGUGCUGUGCUUUGCUGUUCUGUUCUGCAUGGACAAUUCUGUUCAAAUGAAAAUGUUAUUGUUCGUUGACUUAAAUGACUGUAAUGGGAUGUGCUAAUGUCUUACACCUUCUCUCUCUUUUCUUUUUUUUUCUUUUUUUUUGGCAAAGUAUUGAACAUUGUGAUUUCUAAUGAAAAACAAACUAAAUGCCUAUUUUCCAAAAAAAGUAGAUUUUUUUAAUGACAGAUUUUCCCCUUUUAAUGUUUGUAUUGUAAAAUGCACUUAUUUUGUUUGUUAAUUUAAAGAGCAGGCGUUCCGCUUGAAAUGGGUUUUCCAAUGUAUGCCAACAUCUGCAAAUAUUUAACAAUAACUUCAUUUUUUAAAAACAUACUUCAGCAUUUAAAAUAAACAGAUAUGCUUGUGCAACUUACAGCUUGUGUUGAGAUUAUGGUAGUGGAGUGGUACAAUCUUCGCAUAUAAUCAUACCUUUGCUAAGGCGAGUUUGUUUCUCUAUGCCAGUGUACAAAACAUAUUGCACAUUGUAGCAGGUACAAAGAUUAAUUUUCUUCCAUAUGCAUACUGAGGUGAGGGCAGAAAUCCUAUGUAGUCUACCAAGAGUUUCCUGAAUAGGUUUAACGAUACAGGUUCUAUUUGUUAAUCAGAUACACCAGAUCUAUGCUUUGGAGGCUUGUGUGUUUGAUUCAACACAUGUUGAACACUUUUGCGUUUGUCUUAUGCUGUGGGAGUUUGAGUAUACAUUUCUAAUAAACUGUUAAAGACU